AUGCGUGGACUCACCUUGCUCCUCCUGGCACCAUUCGCCCUUGCGAGCCCUAUCCAAAAGCGAGCAACCGCGCAGGACGUGAACAACGACAUCACCGGCAUCGACCGAGCAGUGCGCAAGCUCACCGCAGCCGUUUCAGCAUAUCAGGGUGGCAUUCAAGAAUCCGAGCCGGUGUUUGCUGCGGCUUUGGGAAUCCACGCGAUCAACAGGAAAGGCUAUGCCGACGCCAACGCGGCUCCAAGCUUCACAUCCGCCGAGUCCAAAGCAAUCGUCGACAAUGUCAACGACUCGGUCGGCGUCAGUAUUCCAGAAGGUGUCAAGGUCAUUGAGGCUAAGAAGCCUCUCUUCGACGACGCGGACCUAACGAGCGUGGUCAAGGCGACGAUUGACCUGCUGAAAACCGACCAUGAAACCUUCUUGUUGUGA